AUGCGACUGACCGUUUCGUCAAUUAAGUCCACAGCGCCGUUUCAACUCCGUGGACCUCUCACUAACCAAGGGACGAGUGGCCACCCACUCUUUCAUUUCGCUGCACGUCCCAUUUCCACCACAAAAUCGACAAGUAACCCGAACGUUACGAACAAGUCGCAACUAUAA